GUCACAGCGGCUGAUUUGGUUGUCUCUACCCCGCGUGGAUUUUUCGAAUGACACCCGAAGUUGUUGAGUCUGUUAGUAAGCUGUGUUCCGUCUGCCAUGAGGAUAUUGAUUACUACGCGUACGGCUCAUGCAAUCACCCUACGUGCACAAAAUGUGUUCUCAAACUUCGGAAGUUUGGUAGUGCAGACGAGCCUGAGUUUUCUAAGUGCCCCACUUGCAGACAAAAUAUCAACAGGGUAGUCAUCAUGCGGAAAUUCGUCCCCUUUGAUAGAAUAGAUGUUUCUGUGCUCCGGCAUGAUUCCAGAUUUGAUUUUAUGUUUCCUGAUGUGAACAUAGAGCAUUACUAUUCAAACAUGCUGAAAUCAGUUUGCCCAAUAUGUGGCGAGGAAAAGAAGUCUCUUUCAGCACUGAAUAGACACACGACAGCAGAGCACCAUCUUUCUUACUGUGAUCUAUGUAUCCGAUACGCCAGGGUAUUUUCACAUGUAAUUCACUAACUGAUUUAGCUUUUGCCAUGUGAAUUCACCCUAAUGAAACCAGCCGAUCUUAUAAAGCACAGGUCAUGGGACAAAACUAAGAAGAAGGGUCAUCCGUUGUGUGAUUUCUGUCAGGAACGUUUUUAUGAGAUGGAAGACUUGAUACAUCACAUACGCGAUCUGCAUUUCCUGUGCGACCUUUGUAUGGCUACAGGAAAGUUUGUGGUCUUCAGAGAACAAUGUGAAUUAUUGGAUCAUUACGGUGAUUCGCAUCAUCUGUGUACUGAAUGUCGGGCUCAGCAACGAAUUUCCUGUUUUGCAACUGCAGACCGUUUGGGUUUGCAUCGUUUUCAAGAGCAUCCAAAUGAAGUGGCUAACGACCCGAACCCUUGGCUUCCGAUUUCUAUAAGACACGUAACGACAGCUGAUUCUGCCUUCCGAAGACGAGACCAGAUGCAUCCAGAUGUUAAUAGUGUGGGGGGUGUUCUUGGUAUGUCUUAUUUUUAUGAGAAUGGCAGGAAGCAGUGUGGUGUUUAAGUGUGAGGGAUAAUUAUUUCAAUUCUCACUUUAGGCUUGGCUCAGGAUUUUUAUCCGACCACGGCCUAUUAUGUCGGUAAAAAAGCCCAACAGUUCGAAGUUAAUGUAAAAAGGAUAGGCAUUUACAGUAUGAAUCUGAAAAAUUUCUCGUAAUUCCUUUUGCUGUAGGGUGGUUUACUGAUGCACUUUUAUCAUGAAAUUUUUAGCUUGGACGUUUUGUCUCAUAAGAUCAGAUGGAGUUUCGUGUACUGACGAUUUCUCAACGGUGACGUAGCUCAUUGGUGUUAGCACUCGAUUUUUGGUUAACCGUACUUCAGCUUCAGUGACUGGUUUGUAUCACCAGCCCUCGCCCAAUUAGUGUGGCUCACAUGGGGCAUGAAAGAUUAGUUGUGAAUAAGUGAGCUCGUUGAUUUUUGUAAACAGACUUGGUCAUUCACAUUUUGAUAUGUAGGCUGUUUGAUUUCGCUUUAAAUAAACACGUCUGUUUGUUUAGUGCUCCUUAGCAGUGGUAACCAUAUUUUUUGUUCCGUCCUUUUUAAAGUCUACUUGAUGUGUCUUCAUCCCAGCUGCUAAACCACUGGACUAUUGUCGGUUAUUGGGAUGUAGAGAGGCCUAAAUGGCUAGUCGCAAAGUAGAUGGAAAACUUGUACCAGGUUCCACUUCUAGCCACCAAAAAGCUAGUAAGGUGGUUACACUGUUGGUUUGUAAAUAAAUUGAUUUGUACAUUUUUGUGUAACAGAGAUCAAGGCAUUUCUGUCAUUGCACCUAAGUUUACGAUAUACAAAUCAGCAUACAUAUCAGCUCUUUAUUCUAAAUACACAGUGAUGUCUGACAGUGCGCAGUUGUUUGCUGUUUUGAAUAAGAUACAGUGUAUUGGUAAUAAGUUGCCCCUAUUUUGUGGCUUUAUUAAAAUAUUGAUUUUUAGGGAUUGGUAGAUCCAUCCAUUUUACUUUAUAAGCUCUACCUGUGCUUGCUGUUUAGUCAUCUCUCAGCGUCAAAGUAAAUAAAAGAAGUUUAAAUUUAGUGGUAGUAAUUUAGUUAGUAAUACUUCGUGUUUUGAAAUUCGUUUCCUAAUGAAUACGAAACAGGACAGAUCCAAAUUAAACUCCUGUAUUUGUUACACUAAAUGCACGUGUUCACUCUUCUUAAUUAAUUGGUGGAUAGUGCAUGUAAGUAUUGUGUGUGCAUCUCUGUGCAAAAUGCCUCUUCAACAUUGGGAGGAUUUUGUAAUCGCAUUUAGUCUUUCAGAUGAAGAGUUAAAAAGUUUGUUUAGGUGGUACGGGCUGUGGAUGCAAUUUACAAUCAUGUUGGGAAGGUCAGAUCUGUAUACAUUAAUCUGGACCAUAUUUUGCCUUGUGAUACUAUUCAGGUCUCCAAAGGUCGGGCCUACAAUGCUUGAAUACCUACAGUUGCCACCCGCCUCUGUUAAACUUGGUAUCUUCAAGCUGAGGAUGUGUGUGUCUCUUAGUUUCUCUCUUGUGAAUUGUUUGUAUCCAGUGGCGAUGGUAUACCAAUGAAUUUUAGAUCCUACGGCACGUGUUUGAACAGAAUGGAGAUGGACUUUUAAUCGAUGUCAUUAUGGGAAACUAGGAUAAGUAGCUUAGAUAUGUACUGCGAAUGGGACUCCAGCGACAACUAUUCAUCAUUCCUAGGGCUGGUUGGAGAAUGCAGAGCGAUGGUCAGUGAAUAACAUGGAGCCAUAGGAUGAAAGAUAGUUGCGCUUCGUUGAAAUCUGUCUAUGCGUUUCGACUCUUGAGGAAAUCUAAAGAACCAUGGAGGUUAGUUACUCAAGAUGUUAUCAGAUUUUAUUCAGAAUCGAAAUCAAUGGCUGAAAUAUUGUGAUCUCUGUGUAUCUCUAGUCACUAGAGUAAUAAGCAACAAUAAACUCUCCUUUACACGAAAUUAAUAAGUAUGGCUGGAUCUUCCAGUCCAUUGCUUCCUAUUCCCUGUUGUUACAUUACUUUUUGUUGCCCAUUUCCGGUGCUCACCGGAGCUUAAUACUAUUCUUGGUUGAUUACCUCGACCGAUAUUUGCUAUCUUGACGUUGAUGGUCGGCUUGUUUAUCACAAUGACCCAGUAAGCUAUACCGGCUGGAACUAAGGUUCCCACAGGUCCUAUCAUGCCAGAAAGGUUCCUAGGAUAGCGACUAGACCAAAAGCAGUUAGCAGCAUAGUGUAAGAUGUUCACCCUAUGUUGGGGAACGGAAACUAAGGUGUUUACCUCACAUGACCAGCAUGGGACCUGUCCUGCCUCUCCACUCCGUCGAAAGGAUUAAAAAAAGUCGACUUCGAACAUUGUACACUUAAUCUACAGUGGUCUGUGUCCACCGGUAAGUUCUAAAUAUGGCCGUGUGUGACUGGCCUUAAGCAGUUGUCUUCUAGUCUGUGCGGUCACACAGCACUGAUUCUCUUUCUGUUUCAGGCACCCCAAGGGAAGAUCAACUUCCAUGGUAUGAGCAAUCGGGAGAUAACAACCGCCCACACACUUCAAGAAACCUUCGUGAUCAUCGCCCACCUUUAUCUACGUCACGUCAUCUUGCUUUCCUCCUACCGUUAUUACUGUUCUACAGACUAGUUCCCCAUCUUCAUUGUGUGGCCACUAAUAGUGACGAGAGCCGGAAAAGCACCCUCGAUAGUUUCUUAAAGCCACGGUGCUAACCUCAUGUUGGGGCAUACAACAUCAGGACGCCUUGCCAGAUUGGACAACAUGCAUCACUAGUCAGAAUUCUGGGAUAUCUAAUUUUGAACGUUUUUUGUGUUUCGGAGACACAGAUACAAUAUCCCAUUGCUGUCAUCCACUUAACCCCACGUGGUCAACUGUGUGAAUCUACAAAAUUCACCUUACGGAUGUCAGGAGAGAUUCUUCGGCUUGUUGGCGAGGAGUUUCAAGUGUAGAUAUUGCAUUGAGUGCUUGGUCAGAAAAUUUCUACUCGAUUGGAUCCCAGAAGAUAGUUGUAUAUGCGCCAUCUGUCUGAACGGAUCCGUUAGAAGAAGGAAGGAAUGCUUUACCCGUCGAUGUCUUUUCGUAAUUUCCGUUAGCUCCCCCAACUGAUUACAUUUAGGUGGAAGUGAAGGAUGAGUUCUGCCAAAAACUGUCUGGCUUUUUGCGAAAAGCAGAACGCGUGGAUAUAAUUGUUUUAGGAGGCAAUUUGAAUGCAGUCGAUGAGGAGUUGUGUCACUCUGAGAAGUAUGUUGGUGGUACCUAUGGAGUUACCUGCCGACGGACCGGUAGCGGUGAUCGUCUUCUACAGUUCUGUUUGGAUAAUCACCUUUCCCUUGUCAGCACUAACUUGAAACACAAAGAGGGUUGUUACCUGGCGACCUCCCUCAUGAAAACACCGAUGGACUAGAAUAGACCAUACAGUGAUAAACUAUCGCUGGCCUCCCGUGACAAGCAACCUUGGGUGAUGUGGGAUCGGGUUGGAAAAGAGCCGGUCGUGGUCAAAGCAAAAGAUGUCAUCAGUCGAUGAAAUGCAUAACGAUACAACUGAUGGCAGAUUAAUUUCACAAGACAAUUCUAAUAUAUCCUAUCGGCGGCCUAAUCCUUCUGAAUGGACAGGCGAAGAUUUCCCGUCAUUACAAUCUACCAGACCAGUAGUCUUUAACUCCCAAGCUGCGACGAAUGAGUCAGGAAGUCCCCAAACUGCUGUACAAAGACUUAGAGAGUCAGCUGCUUCAUUAACGGAACGAGAGGGGAGUGAUACCAGUAGUAUGCAAAAUACUCGGUCGAUAGGAGGUACAAGUUGGCUUUCUCGUGUUGCUAGUGUCAAUCUUACCAACAAGAACCGUCUGACGUCAGAGGAUUUUCCAAGUCUCACUCAAUCACCGCAGUCUUCUACUAGUAAUCCUCUUACAUGGGUGAAUAAGAAUAAUACAUCUCAACUACCGUGUAAUCCCCAAGUUACAUCAAGUAUCGCUGUCAGCUUAUCGAGUUUCCCAACUCUUGCAUCAUCUACACGUAACUCUGCCAACAUUCCGUCGUCAUCAUGGCCGAGAAAAGAUAAUUCAGUGUCUGAAGAACCACUGAAGUUGUCAACACCAUCAUUUCAAACUCCAACAUCGUGUGAUUUUCCUGCUCUUCCAGUUAACAGUUCCAAUCAUCCGAAAACUACCACAAAUGUUAUAGCGCAUAAAUCAUCAGUUUUGGAAAAUAAAACGAAGACUUCAAAAACAUCGUCAAAUGAUACAAAGGAACAAACUGUAACAAGGGCUGAAUUGCACACCUCAAAGAAAUCUGAAGCUAAGAAAAAUACAAGGAGAAGAAAUAAUGGUCCGGAUGAUGCUAUCGGAAUGACACUAAGAGAUGAUAGUAAUAUUUACAUGGAACGACCUCAGUUCACCCAUAUACGAACCGUUGUUGUUGCUCCUGAUUCUAAUCGGUCACUUCACUCUAGUUAUGGGCUUCCUUCAUCUGUAAAUGAUUUUCCAUCAUUAUCUGUCAGAGCUAACGAAGAGGUGGACAAGCUACAAAAACAAAACAUAUCACGAAAGGAAAAGUCGAAAGAGAAAAUCAAUCGCAAAUCACUCAACCACUCAGAGGAAAACUGUCCACCUGCCCGUGUAAAUAACAAUAUUAAACCAGAAAUUAGUAUGUUAAUUCAACUGAUAAAAUCUGUUCAGUUUAAUGACUCUAUGGACAUAGAGUGUUUACUUUAUGCCAAAGCUGAAUAUUUCCCGCCACCUGAUGUUGAAUCACGCAAUCUUGAGUUAAUCCGAACAGUGGAAACGGAUUUGUUUGAUAAAAAUGGUCGAACUGCAUUUAGUCGAUUCGCUGACCUAUCACGUCGCUAUCGUUACAAAGAGAUAAAUGCAACAGCAUACUUAGAAGGUUUAGUUGGUCUUUUGGGCGUUGGAAAAGCCAACCCAAGUGAUGGUGAUAAAGACGAAAAUGUUCCAUUCUGGAUAGCCCCAAUGAUUUCUUUACUGCCAGAUAUAGGUCUUCAACGUGCGUUACUUCGUGCUCUCCAAGCACAAGGUUCACCACGUAUUCCAGUUGAUAUGCAAGAGGCUUUAGUAAAGUGUGGUAUGCAUGUUAAGCGUAAUAAGACUCCUAUAUUCACUCCACCUUCUUGGGCUAAAAAGGUCUUGAAAAGACUACAAGCAUGUCAGGAAUGUGGUCAGGUUUGUUUACGAGACGACUUGCCGACCCACGUUGAAGGAGCUCAUUCUGCUAAACAAUGAAACAUUUUAUUCUCGAUCGACAUCCUGGGCGUUUCAUCUGAAAUGCACCGACCGUUCAGUCUUUCUGCUUCAGAAUUCAUCUAAUAUAUAUUUCAUUAGUUAUUUGAAUUUCCUGCAUGGUUUCUUUAUUUCCCCAUGGAUCUCUUGAUCCCUGUUUGGGCUCUUAUCACUACUAUUACUACUACUUUUUGUACACCUUGAUGUGAUUUGGUUACCUCCCUUUGUCUGCAUGCCUGUCCGUCUGCGUGUGUGCGUGUGUGUGUGGAAAGCAUUAUUCAAGAGAUAUUUCCCUUAGCGGACCAUAUUAUUAGUUUUCUUACCUGGUUAUUGUUUUGUUCUCCCUGGGACAUACUUUUCAAUUCUUCUUUUGACUUUGUUUUCCCACACACUACCACAUGUGCCUUAAUAACAGUGUGUGUGUGUGUUAGUGUUCAUAUUGUUAACUGAAUAAGAAAUUAUAUCAUA